CUUUAGUGGGUUCUGGAAGUUUGUUGACAAUAAUAAUUUCCAUUGCAAUAUUUCCUCAAUUUCUGCUUGUUUUUCACGAUUUUCACGCAAAGAUGAACGCCCAGGGAGAGGAUGAAGAUUACUGGAACGUCUCGGACAGCAAGGCUUACAACUUUGAUGAAGAUGACGUGACUUCCGAGGCGAGUUAUGAGGAUUUCCCACAAAGUGACUUUCCCCUGAAUCUCCUCAUCUCUGACCAGGAUCUCCAGAUGAUCCUCGAGGAGCAGUCCAGGCAAGAUGUUUUACCGCGCAAUGUGAGUCAGGAGGAGGAAUUGCGCUUCCUGCGUCGCAAAUUCCAGGAAGAACGCAAUCCUCCGCCCGCAUCUGUGAUACUCUCGCGCCUGCUGAUCGGCAGGCAUGUCCAGCUGGAGGUGUACAAGACGCUGGCACAAAAAACUGAGCUCCUGGAUGAGGCGAUCGCUUCCGGGAGUGGCGAUGCCAUCCUGCGAGUCGUGCUGUUCCUCAAUCGCACGCUCAAGCGAAGGAUCGUCUAUCAGCUGCUGCAGAGCCGGCCGGAGGCGGUGAGCCACUUCACGAACUACCUGAGCACGAGGCUGCAGGUGCAGGAGUGCGUGGAUCUGUGGACAAUGCUGGGGAAGCCGCACGAGGCGGCGAUGCUUCAGUAUCGACUGGCCGUGAGCACAAGCAAUGCGGAUCUGAAGCGACGGAAGCUGUCGAAGGUGCACAAUGACUACUUCCUGCAGCCCGGCGCGCCGAUCUUCCACACGCGCUUCGUGUCUGACCAGCUGAGUCUGCUGGAGUGGCAAGCGACGGAGGCGCUGGCGGACAAGACGGUGUUGGAGUCUCUCUACCACGCUUGCGAGCGACACAAGUGGACGGACAGCAAGUCACUGAGCCCGGGGAAUCCCUACAACAUGGCCAGGAAGUAUCAGAUCAGUGCGUCGCAGUUUGAGUGGAUUGCGCUGAAUGAGCGCGCGAGGAGCAAAGCGUGGAAGGAUUUGGACGCGCUGUUCGAGCGGAAGACGUUCAUCAAGUCCUCCUUCGCCAUCCACAUUCCGCUGGACAAGGUGGUGCUGCGGCUGCACCAGCUGGAGGCGCCCGUGCCGGUGCUGAACGCUUUUCUGGCCCGAAUCGACGACACGCCGAAGAGAUUGACGCUGGCCAGGAAGGUCGGCGCCGUGCGGAGUGUCAUCGACUGCCUGGUGGCGCUGAAGGACAAGGCGGAGCUGCUGACGGUGAGGAACAGCCUGGAGCAGGGAACGCCGGACAGAUUCUACGCCGACAACUGCCUCGAAGGCCUGAAUAGCAAGUGGUCGGCGGAGAGCAUAAAAGUGUCCAUCAAGAAAUGACCUGCGGCCCGAGAUGUUAUUUGUGGGCAGAAUUUUGAUGAUGAAUUACAUAUUUUUGCAACGUGACGCGGAGGAUUUUCAUUAACUCGUUUCAAUCUUUAUCAUUGAAGAUAUUUUUCCUUUAUUGUCCAAGAGAUUUGGCAUAAAUAACAUCCAAAAUUAUCACAUUCAUUAAUUGUUGGAUAGAAUUCACACGUUUUUUUUUUGCAAAAUGCACGCGUCUUUUUCCGCGGACAGAAUUUUGGUUUGAAAACAUCGAGAGAAACACGUAAAAACACUGAGAUUAGAACAGCGAAGAAUCUCACAUCUUCCAGUUCGUGGAGUUGGGCGUGUACAGCAGUGGCAGGAUCUUGCCCUGGGAUUCAUCUGCAAAGGAAAAUAAAGAGUCUUUCAUCUGGCUAUACUUCAGGAGAGCAACACAGCGAGGCAAAGGAGAAGAACAGAUUGAAGAUUCGCGGCUCUUCGUGCCCGAAACUAAUGAGUAAGGAAAAUUACCGGGUCUUGCUAACACUUGACCCACAUUGAGGGACGUUCGGGUCCCUCAGGGACUUUUUGGCGGGGCACAGGUCGUCCUCGGGGCCCGCGCCUACUUUUGCGCGGCGCCCCAGUGAAGCGAUCUGCCCAAUAAAUGCAGAAUACUCGAAAAUACGAAGAUUUUGUAGGUCUUUUUGCUAAGAAUAUUACUUUAAAGCGCAAUUGAAGCACAUUUUAACAGUUUUCUUUGGCUUGAGAACUGUUUUGAGGGUUUUGAGUGUCUUUUGUGACCAUUUAAGACGUUUUCAAUGAUAAUUUGAGUCUUUUCCGCUGUUAAUUGUGCUUUUCUUUCUCUAAAAGUGCCUCAGAAAUCGUAUUAAGAUUGAAAUUCAGAAGUUAUAUAGUCAAUUUCUUGAUAAUAUUCUGUUCAAGCUAUUCAAU